AUGUCUGUCGUUUCCCUUCUCGGGGUCAAUGUUGUCAACAACCCCUCCAAGUUUACCGACAAGUACGUGUUCGAGAUCACCUUCGAGUGCCUCGAACCUCUGCAGAAGGACCUCGAAUGGAAGCUCACCUACGUCGGCUCGGCGCAAUCCGACAACUACGACCAGGAGCUGGACUCGCUUCUGGUGGGGCCGAUCCCCGUGGGCAUCAACAAGUUCGUGUUUGAGGCCGACCCGCCCGACACGAAGCGCAUCCCGAUCGACGAGCUGCUGGGCGUCACCGUGAUCCUGCUGACGUGCGCCUACGACGGCCGCGAGUUCGUCCGCGUGGGCUACUACGUCAACAACGAAUACGAGAGCGACGAGCUGCGUGACGACCCGCCCGCUAAGCCCGACGUCGAUAAGAUCCGCCGCAACGUGCUCGCCCAGAAGCCGCGUGUCACGAGGUUUGCUAUCAAGUGGGACUCCGAGGCUUCUGCCCCCGCCGAGUUCCCGCCUGAGCAGCCCGAGGCCGACCUGGUGGCCGACGAGGAGGAGUACGGCGCCGAGGAACUGGCGGAGGAAGAGGAGGUGGAGGGCGCUGAGAACGAUGGGGAAGCUUCUGGCGAUAAGGAUGCGCAGAUGGAGGGCGUCGAGGGAGCCGAUGGUGCCGAGGGUGCCGAGGGCGAGCAUGUUGCCGAUGAUGACGAGCUCUCCGUCGACGGCAGUGUUGAUAUCGAGGGCGAAAGCGAGGAUGAGCUGGAGGAGUACGAGGCUGAGGGUGAGGCCGCUGAAGGCGACGGUAUGGAGGUCGACCAGCCCGAGUCCGCGGCACCGCAGCAGCAGCAGGCGCAACACUCGGAGGCCAUGGUUCACUAA